GUUGAGAUGGAGUGGAUGUGUGUUGCUCUUGUGCUUUUCAAUGGGAUUCAUUUAGCUUUUUCACAAUUCAAUGGAUUCAACUGUGAUCCCAACUACCACAGCAGAUUCCCUGGCGAGCGAGACAUCAGCAUCUACUGUGGUGUUCAGACCAUCACACUGAAGAUUAACCUCUGUCCUGUGCUGUACUCUGGAUACACUGAUGUUGACCUGGCGCUGAACAGCCGUCAUGGAGAACCACAGUGCAGAGGCUUCAUAAACAACAACACCUUCCCCACAGCGGUGCUCUUCAGCAUCAGCCUGAGCUCACUGGAGGCCUGCGGGAACACACUGCAGGUUUCUACAACUCAAGGCAUCAAUGCGUAUGGGAAUAUCUCUAUGGUGCAGAUGGGAAAUAUUUCGGGCUACAUCGACACUCCAGACCCUCCCACUGUUAUCAGCUACCUGCCAGGACUGGUGUAUAAGUUCAGCUGUAGUUAUCCUCUGGAGUACCUGCUCAACAACAGCCAGCUGGCAUCCUCAUCUGCUGCAAUAACAGUGAAAGACAAUAAUGGCACGUUCCUGAGCACUCUCAGCCUGGUGCUUUACAAUGACUCAACCUUCAAUCAGCUGAUCUCUAUACCAGUGUCUGGCCUGUCCUUAAAGACUCGUGUGUUUGCUGCCGUUAAAGCUACAAAUCUAGAUAGGAGGUGGAACGUCCUUAUGGAUCACUGUUACGCCACCCCUGGGAACCCAAAAGAUGAGAUUCGCUAUGACCUUUUCUUUGGGUGCUACAAGGAUCCACAGACCACUGUUUUUGAGAACGGGAAAAGUCAGAUGGGCCGUUUUGCAUUUGAAGUCUUUCGUUUUGUGAAACAUAAGAACCAGAAGAUGUCCACUGUGUUUCUGCAUUGCAUCACAAAGCUGUGUCGAGCAGAUGACUGCGCAAUUCUUAUGCCGAUCUGUGGAAAACGCAGGAGGAGAGACAGUGAGGCUGAGCAUGCAGUGUCAGGUUCAUCCUCAGGGGAUGCCGUCAUAACCGCCGGCCCCAUAAUCACCAGGAGUGACGAAUCUCCAACCAACAACUCACAACUAGUGAGCAGCUCGUCCCAGCCUCUGAAUGCAGUCACCAGUGCGCUGAUUUCAGGUGUGGUUGUGCUGGGUGUGAUGAGCCUGGGCCUCUUCAUCCUCUCCCUCAGGCUGCUCAGGAAGCCCAGCCCGUCUAAUCUGACAGGGCUUUGGAACCCCAGCUCCAGAUGA